AUGUCUGAUGAGACAAGAUCGACCUAUGCCAAGAAUCGCAGACCACGACCGCGCAUCUUGGUCGUCAACAAUCCUAGUCCGGAGGAAGGCUCCAGCGGCAGCGAAGAGAGAAUUGGAGCAACCAAUCCUUAUCCGAAUGCAUACACUUCUCAACCGCGUCCUUUACCCAGUCCUUCUCGUUCCACCCAUGUUGAGAGGCCACAAGCAUCGCAUAUCCCAACACCUCUAACAACCAACCUUCCAGAUCACAGGCAUUACCCGUCGUCACGGUCAAACCCAUCUAAUCCCGCUCUUUCUUCCCCUUCCAGCACUAGUUCUCCUGCCAUAGAAUCAACCCCUCCUCCAAGCACUCCCGGGCAGAGUGCUCCACCUGUUGAUCUGAGCGGCGAGGGGGGCGUCAGGCAAGAAGCAGCGAGUCCGCCGACACCUGACCGAAGCGAGACUACUUCACGCCCUGCAAAGUUUCUCGGGUUCAAAUUACCGAGAUCUAGCCAUGCUCGUCGCUAUUCGAACAACCGACAGCCAUCACAGCAAUCGCCGCCGCCGCCGACGACGACGACGACUCCUGAUUCCUAUACACAGCCAAAUCAUGCCCUUCGUUCACCCCCGAAUGAGAAGGUCAUAUUUCUUGUGACUGCCGAUGCGGACAAAUUUGCAACUGUUGAUAUAACCGGAGCAAUAACACCUGCGUUCAUCCGCGAACGUAUCUUCACGAAGUUACAGAUACCUGACGAGGAUCAAUCGCAACAUUCUAUCUAUCGCACAGAGAUAGGAAGUUACGCGAUCGGUGAACCUCUGACGGACGAGCAACUGUUCGAGUUAUACCGCGAGCAAGGCGAUUCGAAAGCAACCGUCAAGCUCCUCGUCUGUCAUUCUGCUGCUCCUGUCCACGAAUCCUUGGACCCAGUGUGUGUCUCGCCGACUAUCAAUACAAUACCUCCCCCCGUGCUGCCUGAGCACACUUUGUUUGCACCAUUACAGCCGGUGCGACGUAGGUCGCGGUCAAGACGCGACAGUCAAUCUUCGGCUAGUGAACUACAGCCUGAAGUCGCCGCAGGUUAUGAAGCAUCUGUUUCCGACGAUCUGGAGCACGCCGAACGGGAGACUCGACGCUCUACCAUGCGUCCCCCGGCUCAAUCGCGUACAGCUCCCUUGUCUCGUCGCCCUGUCUCUCCUGUCGCCCGUCAUCGGCCCCAGUCUCCAGUUGGCACCCCAUCCUCGGAGCGUAAACUAUUUCGAAGCCCCGAAUCCGGUGCUGUUUCAUCGGACAUGUAUCGUGGCGGUAUUCAACAAAGUUCCCCGCCCCUCACGCAUUCACCGCAAAACAAUACCUUCGCACCAUCCGCGCCAUCAAUGCGCUGGGAUACUUCUGUUGGUUCAGCUUCCGACGUCAUGGUUGAGCGGGAGAAACCAUUGCAAGUGCUGGAGGCACAGGCGGAUUAUUCGGAGAAACAGCGGCGAGUUUAUACUGAGGACAGGGAGAAGCUGGAGCGGCUCAAGCACAAGGACGGUCAACCUCGCAGAGAACCCGGCCUUCGUCGCGUCCGAGCGGUGAACUACGACUCACAGGAGAGCAGGAAUGUUGUUGAUGAUUGGACAGUAGUCUCCUCGGAUAUCCCAUCCAGUGGAUACAAGAGGGACCGUCCCACUACACCACAGGAUACUCGUUCUCCUCGUUAUGCUGGACCGUCUGCUGGAUACGGACCUCUUUCGAUGCCUAGUCCGCCUCGCGCAACUGUACCUUCGACACCCGGAGGCUCCUCCCGCAGCAGAAGGCACCAGGGGACACCCGUUCCCUCUAUGUGGGCUGUUGCGUGGAAGGGGGCUCAGUCACCGCCUACGUUGUCGGGGAACCGCGCAAACAAGAGUAUGACGGACAUGCGGAAUGCUUAUAGGCAGCAGCAUCCUCCAAGUUUGCAGCCUGGUCGCGCCUCGCGACUUGCCCAGGGGGUCCUACCAGUGGUUACGCGGCCGUCCGCCAGUGGUCCCGCUGUCUCUAGCACGGUACUUCCUCAUAGCAGUUCUUCUGUGGGGGACGUGCUCUCUCCCACCUACCACGAAGUCGGUCACAACGACGUUGUCCUCCCGAGGUCAUACGAUGGUCAUAGAGGUGUUACCUCACCUGUAUCACAGCAUCCUGCUCGCAAUCUAUUAUCUCCUAGGAUCUCUCCCGGUUCGUCUGCAAGCACAAGCCAUCUGGGAUUGGCUUCGCCUAGUCAGGAACCGUUUCCGCGACCACGCUCAGCCCUUGAUGAUCCUGCGGUCUCUCCAUAUUCUCAGCCCAGAAUGCACUCACCUCGUGGGGUCGAGGGCCCACAAGAUAGCAUGGUGGGAGCAUCUCACGUUCGUCUUCAUAGCGUACCAUCGCAGGUUGGCUUCAAUCGUGAUGAUGGGCAAUCGGUGGCACCUCUGAGACCCAAUCCCCGUGCUCGUGUUGAUGCUCAGCAUGAUCUCUCCGCUCCGCGUCUGGACCCUCCCGUCCAACCAGACCGCACUCGCCGCUCUCCUCCUGACAGCCCCAUGCGUCCAACAGUACCGCAUCAUGACAAUUCAAGUAAGGAGUCGUGGGCGUCUCGGUCUCCGGCUGUUCAUGUUGAAACGUCCAGUGUAUCGUCGUUGUCUAAUGACGAAAAGGAUGGAUCGGCGACAUUGUUUAAGCAUAACGAGCAUACGUGGUUGGCUGGUUUCAUUGACGAAACUGCGGCCGAAGGUACAGUGAAGCCGAGGGCGCAACGCAUUCGGCCUCAAGCACCUCCAAGUCAGGUACCUCCACCUCCGAGUAUUCAGCCUCUUCCGGUCACUCAACCUGUUCUAACCAUUCAACCUGUUCCUCCGACUCAUCUUGUUCCGCCGUCUCACCCGCCACAGAGUCAAAUUUCUACCUGUCAACAUCCUUCCGAUCAAAGUCUGCCAAGUGACGUUCCUCCAUCGUUACCCAAUCCACGCGAAGCACCGCCACCCAACAACUUCCCCAAUAUGGAGUCACUACCAGAUAUUGACGAUGACUCGGAUAGCGAAGGCGGUGGCACUAUUUGGGCGGUCAGGCCGAACAAGUCGAGUGAAAGCAGCCAGGCUUCCUUGCAGAAGGGCCCUGCAGAACAGACCAGAAGCACCACUCGACCACCCCUUUCCCCUUUGAGUAUUGAAAGUUCGCCCUCAUCGUCACAUCUGCCAUUAUCCAAUUCUGGCCCUGUGGAUGUCUCCAGGCUUUCACCUUCCAAUUUCCCUGCUCCUCCCGACUUUUUGCCUCCCCCCGUCCCUGUGCGAACGACUAGACGGAAUCCCCCGACGUCGGCAGCUACAAAAUCUGUUCAGGAUCAGCGUACAAGUCGGUUCGAUGACAAUUACGAUCGCACUUGGGCACCGCGUCCGCCGCCAGAAGAUGUGUACGAACGCCUGGAGGAGUAUUUCCCUGAACAUGAUCUCGAUAAACCGGUGAUCGAGACGCCCUCAGGUGGAACAUCUCCCACAACUGCCGAGAAUCCAGUGCCUGCACCCGGACGCUUCAGGCACAAAAAGUCUAUACGAGUGGUCGCGGAAGAACACAAAAAACGGAUUGAUCGCACAUCGCGCUUGGAAUCGUCGUCUGUGACUGCUGUUUUGCGGAAACGAAACACGAAGUUAUGGGGUAGUCGACUUGAAGAGGUUACGACAGAGCAGGCAAGAUCAGCCAUGCCUUCUACUGUUCAGGAUUCCUCGCCUGGAGGAGUACUCAAGCCGAUCUUCCGCUGGGUUCGUGGGGAAUUGAUUGGCAAAGGGACUUACGGCAAGGUGUAUCUAGCCUUGAAUGCGACAACUGGAGAUAUGAUCGCUGUGAAGCAAGUGGAGAUACCUCGGACUGCUAGCGACAAGGACGAUUCUCGGCAGGUUUCUGUUGUAGAAGCUCUGAAGCUGGAGAGUGAGACCUUGAAGGACUUGGAUCAUCCUCACAUUGUUCAAUACCUUGGAUUCGAGGAGACACCGACCUUCCUCAGCAUCUUUUUGGAGUAUGUUCCUGGUGGAUCAAUCGCCAGCUGUCUCCGAAAAUAUGGGAAAUUCGACGAGGAGGUCACGAAGUCAUUCAUUUGGCAAAUCCUCUCGGGCCUUGAGUAUCUCCAUUCGAAGGGUAUUUUGCAUCGUGACCUGAAAGCGGACAAUAUAUUGGUCGAAACGUCGGGUAUCUGCAAAAUUUCUGACUUUGGUAUAUCCAAACGUACCGAUGAUAUCAACGCGGCUGGAGCCUAUACGUCCAUGCAAGGAACUGUGUUUUGGAUGGCUCCUGAAGUUAUAGAUCCCCAGAAGAAAGGUUAUAAUUCGAAGAUAGAUAUCUGGAGCGUUGGCUGUGUCGUUUUCGAGAUGUGGACAGGCCAAAGGCCAUGGAGUGGAAAGGAGGCAAUGGCUGUUCUACUUGAACUGUAUCGAACGCAAAAGGGACCUCCACUUCCUGCGGAUAUAAGCCUCUCCCCCCUCGCCGAUGAUUUCAGACAGAAGUGUUUCGCAACCAAUCCUGACGACCGACCUACUGCUUCCGAAUUAGGGCGGCAUCCAUAUCUUGAGCUUCAGCCGGGAUGGCAAUUCAAUAGUUUCAAAUAG